AUGGUUGCAGAUGCGGUGGAGGACAUGAAAUCGAUCGUCGAGGCAACCGAGGAGAUAGAUAGGGAGAAGCGCAAGGCAAUCGUCUUUGCCUUCCUGAGCGCCGUUUUCCUUUUAGUCCCCGUCGUCGGUCAGCUCGUGAGUGGGCUGAGAUCCCUUGUCACAAGUGGGCGCAAUGUCGCGCUGACGGGAACGGUCGGUAUCGCACCGUUGGAUGUCUACAUGGUGGGCGAUGACAAGAAGAAUGCGCCACUGGCCAUCUUCAACCUCAUCCUUGCUCCCUUGGCACUCUUGGACAUUGCGCAGGUGACUCGCGCAGCCAAUUUCCGCCGCGCGAUGCCCGGCGAGGAUUUGACCAAGUUGAGCGAUAACCUGGCAGCCCGCACGGUCAUUAUUAGUCGUAUUAAGGACAGAUGUCCCAUUUGA